AUGCUCGCUUACAUGCUGCCAGCCGUCUUCCUCCUCGCUCAUGGUGCCCUUGGGCAGCACUACGAGCACCUGCCCCCCGACCACCCUCUCUACCCCCGGAAAUGGGGGAACCAGCCGUCCGACCAAGACGACGACUGCCAAAGUGACGACGACGUCCAAGACCAGCUCGACGUCCAAGGUCUCGACGCCGACGCGGACAACCUCGACCGCCGUCUUGACCACGACCAAGCCCGUGACGACAAAGCCCGCCACAACGUCCAAGACGACACUCAAGACGUCGACGACAACAACAACAACGUCUACUUCGAAGACGCAGGCGACGACCACCUCGAAGCCGAGCACGACAACCACUACGAAACCACCUCCCGAAGUCACGACGCCGGCACCGCCGCCCGUAGGCGGAGGACCUAUCACGCUGACGCCGAGCACGAUCCGUGGGCCGACACGAACAAUCGCCUGGCCCUGAGGCACCUGCACACCUAUCACAAGCCUCUUCAGGAAGUGUCCCAAGUUAACGGCUGGGGAAGAGGGCCGCUAUUUCAUCGUAUGGGAAACACGAACUCGGUUCACAGCUAG